UUCUCACGACGGGAGGCUGUGAGGUCGGUGCAGUUGUCGUGGCAUCGUAGAAGCGGGCGCUCGUUGAGCGGGAAACAGUCACGACUCGACCUCUCAGCAAUGGCUCUGCUAGGAUCGAGGCCAAGCAGGCUCAACGGCAACGCCGAUUUAUGCAAUGCAGUUCUCUUCGCACGCAACGGAAUUGGUUACAGUCUUCAGAAUGGCUUGGUCCGCGGGACAAUAUCCGUCGACUACAUACUAGACCAUGUUCAAGUUCUGGUAAAGGUGUGACAAGAAGGAUAGCACGGCAUGCAGGUGUGGUGGUUGAGUCAGCCAAGCCAGGCGCAGUUGUUUACCGAGAUCCAAGAAACCUCGAGGGCGUUUGGGUCACGAUACCAUGGAUCGUGGGCUGCCUGAUCCUGGGGGAUUCUUAUUCAGAACAUCCGCUGCCGUCGAGCUUCGUACGCAUCGAACACCACACCGAGGAGACCUCAAUCCCUAACAUGCUUCUCGCCAUCCUCUCCCUCCUGGUCACCGCCUCUCAGGCACAGAAUAGCACGCAGGAAUCAAACAACAAUGCAACUCAGCCAACCCAGAUCGCGGUCUACCCACCAUUCCCCAUCCGCAGUGACACCAACAUGCAACACACCCAACGCGCCUACGACGUCUCUCUAAUCACCGCCAUCUCGUCCACAACCAUAGUGUAUGCUAUUUCCUGCUCACCUUGGACUACCAUGACACGCUUCAACGAUGUCUGCGGCACAAACAACGUUGACAGUAUCAUCACUGUGACCGAGGGCCCUGACAACUGGCAAUGGACCGCGCAGGGCAAGACCCUGUACUGCACGAAUCUCAGCGACAAAACGAAGAGCUGCACAAGCGUCACCAACAGUCUUGGGAGCUACUUCGCGCCCGUCACUGGGACAGAGGGUGGAGAUUUCCUGGCGGGCUUCUUGGAGUACUUCACGACUAUGUCGCCGGUCGCUGUGAAUCUGACCGCGGGGUUCGAGAAUGUGCCUUCGACUCGUAGGUACAAACACACAUUGUGAGAGUAUGAGGACUGACGGCUGUAGUCCUUCAGAG